AUGACUAAACUAGACAGCUACUCUCUUCUCAUCGUAGCAAAAUACCUCGAGUAUCUAUCCGAUUUCAAGAACGUGGUCUGCGUCUGCAAAAAGUUUCGGGAAACCCUCGAUAAGUUUCGCUACAACCCUAUUCCAAUUACUUCCCAACACAUAUUUCCCCUUAUCAACACUCAAUUCCUUUACCAUAAAAACGAAAAGCAAUUCCCAACAGACAUCAAGGCGUUUAGUUAUGAAAUACCAUAUGCCGAAGCAAUAUACGAAAAACUCAAUUUCAACAAAGUGUACAACGUAAUUUUCACACAAAAUGACAGAUAUCUUUAUGGUGAAGAGGCACUAUACAAUUCUUUUGUUAAAGUAGUGGGCCAAAAGUGUUUUGAACAGUCUCAAAUCACCGAACUUGUUUUUCCAAACCACGUGACGCGAAUUGACUCGGAGUGUUGUAACCAAUGUCUUCAGCUCAAGAACGUCGUUUUACCUCCUUUAAUAGACACAAUCCCAUUCUACGGAUUUAUGAAUUGUCUCUCGCUCAGUUCCGUCACCGUUCCAAAUAAAAUCACUGCCAUCGACAGCGCUGCUUUUUUCAAUUGUCCCUCUUUAACACACUUUUCGUUUCCGAAGUCAUUGUGCUCGGUAGGAAUUCAGACUUUUUGUCGUUGUGGUCUAGUGACGGUCGAUUUGAGUGCAACAGUUGUGACAAUGAUUUACUCAAGCUGUUUUGCGUUGUGUCAAGCGUUAAAGACAGUUGUGUUGCCGUCGACUCUGUUUUUCAUCUCGGACUCUGUCUUCGAGGGAUGCGUCUCUCUGUCCGACAUUGAAAUUCCAAACAACGUUGUGAUGAUAAACGAAAAGACUUUCAAAGGGUGUGUGAGUCUGAUAGAUUUAGAAGUGCCAAAGUCCGUCGACUACAUUGGUCAGCAAUGCUUUGAUGGAUGCAGUUCUUUGACUCGUUUGAUAAUUCACAACACAACUCAUCACAUUUCCUGUGACUGCUUUGGGAAGUGUGACCAACUGGAAGUGUUUCAAGUUCCCCUUCAAAAUGAUGAAUAUCCUUUUGAUGUGUCUUACAACGACAUGUUACUUUUAAAACGGUUUGGAGUGAAAUGUGUCCACAUCAGUUUUGUAGCUGGUGGAGAGAUUAUGGUGAACCAAAAAACUAAAGAGGCUGGCAUUCCACAAGACGCACUUAUUCUUGGGACUCAAUGCUUCAAGAAUUACCCAGUAAUCAAAAGUGUCAAUGUACCUGAAAACAUCGUGAUCAUUGACACUCAUGCAUUCGAAGGGAACGCAGUGACCUGUGUCGAUAUUCCAAACACAGUCACUUACCUGAUGAGCGAGUCGUUCUAUGGAGCCGUCAGUCUCAAGGAAAUAAAACUUCCUUCCAGCCUCUGCGAAUUGGACAAAAAGACGUUUUCCAACUGCAAAAAUCUGAGUUGUGUGAUGUUACCCAAAGACUUGACCAAAAUUAAGGAGUUCUGUUUUGAGGGGUGUCUUGCACUGAAGGAGAUCAGUCUUCCUACAAGUCUUAAAAAGAUUGGGAAAGGCGUAUUUGACACAUGUGGACUUGAGCAAAUAGUUCUACCAAUCUCGGUGAGAUCUAUUGGGAAAAUGUGUUUCAAAGACUGCACUGACCUGAAAUACAUCGAAGUCCAAAAUAGUACUGCAAAAAUAGAGAAAGACGUCUUCGCAAAUUGCAAAAGUUUGGAAAAGCUUGACAUGGAAUUGAUCAACGGUGUUUUCCCAUACGAAGUUUCAUAUAAAACAUUUGUCUUGUUGAAAGGACUCAAAGUCAUCGCAAAUGACGUCGUAUUCACUUCCGAAGACUACGAAAGUUGUGUUGACGACGAUGGAGAGCACUUUGUGCCUGACGAUGUCCAACUCAAGUUUGGAAAGGACCUUUUCGCACAACAGCGAUUUGAGCACUUUUCAAUUCCGCCAAACGUCGUUUCCAUUGGAAAAAACUGCUUUUUUUCAUGUGACGAAUUGAGUGAAAUUGAUGUUCCAGACACGGUGACAAAAAUAGGGAACUGCGCAUUCUCUCACUGCGAAAAAUUAACAGCAAUCACCAUUGGUACCGGAGUCACAACACUUGGUAACUACUUAUUCGAGGAGAGCGACAAGAUGGAACGAAUUGUAUUGAAGUCGCCAACUCUCUCACGAGGUACCAAAUCCAAAGUGAGCUACUCGGAGUUUUUGAUAUACAGCAAUAAUAACAUCAAAUGCACACAAGUGGUUUUGCGAGAACAAGACAAGACGAAUGGGAUAUAUCUCAAAGAUGUUGUGACUGAGAUCAAUAGAUACCCACUGAAACGCAUCAGCGACAUUCCGAUGAAUGUGACGUGUUUACGAGAAGGGAUGUAUUUGCUGUCGAGUCAACUUAAGACCGUGACCCUUUCUGACUCUAUCGUUUCAAUCAAGAAGAACACGUUUUCCAACAACAUCAAUUUGGAAGAAAUAGUGUUGGGCAGCGGAAUCACUGAAUUGUCCGAGUCACAGUUUUAUUUCUGUAAAAGUCUCAGGAAAAUAUCAUUACCGAAGAACUUGUUGUUCAUUGACAAAAAUGUGUUUGCUGAAUGCAACAAUUUGAGUUCCCUGACGAUUCCGUCGAAGGUGAGUUACAUUGGAGAAUGUUGUUUUUUCAAUUGCCGGUCGUUGAAAAUGUUGAUAAUACCGAAGAGUGUCCAAGUCAUUAAGAAGCGCUGUUUUGACUUCUGUAUUGAACUUCAACAAUUACUGUACGAGGGUGGUUCUCGCCUGUUAAAAAUGCAAGAGAACAUGUUUCGUAUGUGUUGUGCACUGCAAAGAGUGUAUGUUACUGAAAAUAUGGAACAAAUUGGUGACUCGUGUUUCUACAAGUGUUUUUCAUUGACUGGUGUUUGUCUCCCAACGAAUAUCACACAACUUGGGAUAUGUUGUUUCAAGCGGUGCUACCACCUUAAAUAUGUCAUUUUGUAUGGUGUCAAAUAUCUCGAAAAGGAGUCUUUCAGUUACUGCAAAGAAUUAGAAUUUGUCCAGUUACCAACGACUCUCACGCGAAUUGGGCAGUCGACCUUUCGCGACUGCAUUAGUCUGAGUGAAAUGAUUAUACCGGACAGUGUUGAGGUCAUCGACGAGUUCUGUUUCUAUAACUGCUCGAAGUUAAUGAGUCUAGAUUUGUCGACGAAGUUAGUGACGAUGCACGCUAACGUGAUUGAGAAGUGUCAGUCUUUACGGAAAAUCUAUUUAGGCGGUUUUGCAGUUGACACGUAUCCUUUCGAUGUCUCCUUCUGGCUUGGAGCUAUUUUAAAUAGUUGUGGUAUUCGAACGCCAAAUAUUUGCUUGACGAAAGCUGAUGUAGACUUGGUGAAAACAAAGUUUCCUGAUAACGUGAGAAGCAUCGAAGUGUGUUGUUUCAGGAAUUGUAUGUCUCUUGUUCAUAUCUCAUUACCACAAACAAUCACUUUACUUGGAGAUUCGUGUUUUAAAAAUUGUAUGAAUUUGAGUGCGGUUUCUUUACCAAACAAAUUGGGGGAAAUCCCUUUCCAAUGUUUUGAUAAUUGUUAUAGUCUCCAAAGUAUUUCAUUGCCAACAGUCGUGUUCGUUUUUGGGAAACACUGUUUCAGGGGAUGUACCAAAAUUUUGGGGAAUGUAAAAAUACCACUGCACUGUUUUGACUAA